UAAUUUAAAAGAAGUUGUUCAGAAAAAAUUUUUUUUGUGGAUCCGCUGAUAUAUAUAUAUAUACCCGUGUAAUAUGGGAUCAACUAAUGGCAUAACCAGAGGUCAACUGCGACCGCACUUUUCGGGCCGUAGUCCGCCCUUUCUGUUGGCCGCUCUCUGUGUCGGUUUGGGUAUACUUGGGGUCAGCUAUUGGAGUCAAUCGCAAGAGUAUAAUCGUCUGGAAGAACAGCUUAAGAAGACAAUUAUGCGAAAGGAUUCGGUCGAAGAAGAAUUGGAUCUGUUUAAGAGUCAGCUGAGUAAACGUGAAGAAGAGUUUAGUAAAGCACAGCUCAAGAUUCAACAAAAUCAGGUGGACUUAGACUCUGCCCGAACUGAUGUCAAGACAAAGGCCGAUGAUAUGCACGCCAUGAGAGAUCAGUUGGACUCACUUAAAGAUACUAAUGACAAAUGCAAAGAAGAGUUAAGCAAAAAGUCGGAAGAGUUGGCCGACGUGUUGACCAAAUUGCAGACAAUUAAACAACAAGAAGACUCUAUUGAUAACAAAAGUAAGAAUCUCAACGAACUGAUGGACAAAAAUAAACGAUUGGAAACUGAAUUGAAUUCAUUGAAGAAUCAGAUUAAGAGCAACCAGUUGUUGAAUACAACGACAAACAACAAAAAAUCUGAUAACAAUUUAGCCAACAAUUCUGCUGCUGUUGUUAUCAAUGAUAAUAAUAAUAAUAAGUUGGCUAACAAUGAUCUGAACGCCAAUACUAAUAAUAAUGUUAUCGAUUCUCCUGUUCUCAUGAACAGUGGUUCCAAAAAUACAAACCAAGACAUUACCGGUAAUAAUAAUAAUAACAAAGACAAUAACAUUGCCGUCGACGGCGGCGCCAAUAAUAAAGAUGCCAACAAAUUAGAGGCGCCUCUUAUGGCUGCCGAUGAAAGUAAACCGCACGAAGAAGACGAAGCCGCGCCGCCGGCACCGGUAGUCGGCGCCGGAGUUUUGCCACAACCAGAAAAAUCUGGUCCGUCGUUGCCAACAUCGGACAACAAUGGCUUAGCCGAAGCCGAUCGUAAAGCCGACGGACUGGUUGAAGCCAACAAUGACAGCAAUAACAACAACAAUAACGACGACAACAACAAUGGUGUCGUCGACGGUGAAGACAACAAUGAACAGCCAAAUGACAUCGCGGCCAACGGUGUUGGUGUUGUUGCCAACGAAUCGGAACGAAAACUAUUAUAACUAAUAAUUUAAUAAUCAAUUUUUUUUAUUCACAAUCAAAUGAUUUGUUUUAUUUAUUUAUAAAUUUCGUUAUAAAAAAAUUUAAUUUAAUUUUUCAAUAAACUGGUCAUAUGUUUUGGGACCAGUGCUUUGCAUACCCAACAAACACAAACUGUACGGUAAAUGCUUGAUAUAACCC